ACAACAAAUAAGAUAUCAGUAUAUAUUAAACCUGUUACACACAAACAACAAAACCAGAGAACAUUUUAACAGUGCAUAAAAAAGCACCUGCUAUCUGAAUUGUAUUUUUAAACAUCCAUCCUUUUAAAGGAAGCUCUGUUUAUCUCUGAGUGGCGGCGGAGCUAAAAAGAACCAGACGCUAUCUGAAGUAGGAAAGUGCUGUCUGCUUAGGCUUUUUAAAAGUAUGGCUUAGGUUAAAGAUGACAGAGAAAGCACCAUGUGACCCGGAGUCAAGUGGCCUCCGUUAGUAGGGUGCUUAUCUAAAAGGAGCAGGGAAAGGAUAGGAAAGGAUGGCACGGAGAAGCCACGGCACUUCAGAAGUGAGCUAUGAAAAAGCAGGUACUGUGUUUGGUUUAUAUAAUAGUACUAGCUUUAAUUAAGAUGAGCAUUUGAUUGAAAUACAGAAUCCUGAGUCUUGCUGGUUGCUAAAAGUAUUUAACUCCAGUUCUUGAGUCAGUUUAAGGAUUUGAACUCCUAGCACUUCUGGGUGGAGAAAAAAAAAUCUGCUGUUUUGGACAAAAUAUUUUUGCACUGGGACUCAGGGUGGCAAUGACAGAGUGGACACUGCUGAAGCGGCUCCUCGAUGCCGUGCAUCAGCAUUCGACCCUGAUUGGCCGGAUUUGGCUGACGGUCAUGGCGAUUUUUCGGUUGCUGGUAGUUGCCGUGGCGGCAGAAGACCUGUAUGCUGAUGAACGUACUAUGUUUGUGUGUGACACACUGCAGCCGGGUUGUGCCAAUGUGUGCUACGAUGCUUUCGCACCCAUCUCUCAGCCUCGUUUCUGGGUCUUUCAUAUUAUAGCUGUGUCCACGCCGUCGCUCUUCUUCAUUCUUUACACCUGGCACAACCUUUCCAAGAUGGUGCCUGGGCAAAACAUAGAGGACUGUGUACGGAACUGUAAUUCUGAAAGCUGCUCCAUCACGUCUCGUUAUCACCCGAGAGACAAGGUGGCUGAUGUUCUGGAAAAAAGCGCACGUGUUUCCCCAAAUCGUCGAGCUCUUGUCCAAAAACAUAUCUCUCUAACAAGAGGUUCCUCUGGAGUUCUGUCCAAAGCCUACGUGCUCCAUGUGUGUUUUCGUGCUGCAUUAGAGCUGGCAUUCCUUUCCCUUCAGUGGCUGCUGUUCGGGUUCUGCGUCCCAGUUCGUUUCACGUGUGCUGUCCCUCCAUGUCCUCAGCGUGUGGACUGCUACGUGUCGCGUCCCACAGAGAAGAGCAUCUUCCUCAUCUUCAUGUUCUCUGUGGGUGUGUUCUGCAUCUUGCUAAACUUCCUGGAGCUCAAUCACCUUGGCUGGAAGAAGAUCAGAAGGUCAAUGCAGGUAAAGGAAGGAUGGAGGAGCAACACUUAUGGAGCAAUAAAUGAGAACGUACGCUCUGGGACGAGCAGUACGACAUCUCUUCCUACACUGGAGCUGCUGGUGGAGAAUCAACCCAAGUGGACCUGCGCAGGAAAUGAGUGCUGCUCACCAUUAAAACAGGAAAAUAAAAAGUCUGAAAAGUCACUGCAGAAAGAGAGAAAUGAUGCAACACAAGUGCUGAGAGAAAAAACACAAACACACAAAGCAAGAGCGUCCAAACGUAGUGCUGAAGUCUGGAUAUAAACCGAAUCUCUCUGCACUUAUCCGUAAACCUAUCUGAUUUAGAGCUUGGUUUUGGGUAAGUUUUAAGUAGUGACUGACCUUUUUUAUUUUCUAUAAAAACUUAUGAUUAUUGUGAAACAUGAAUACAUGAAGAGUUGUGUGAUAAGCAACCUUCAAAUUUCUAAACAUUAUCGUGUCUUUAAUUUGACUCAUACCAACAAUUAUAAUUUAAAUGUGUUGACUGGACAAAGUGCAAAAAAAAAUUUAUAUUGAGAUUUGAUAUUGAAAAGCCCAAUGACAUCAAUUUUAUAUGUUACCUUGAGUAAUUUUUGCUACCCAAAGUUUUGUCCCAAUCCCAAAAACUACACUUGAUGGCUUAAAAAGUACAGAUUUAAGCCUUUUUAUUCAUUUAAACCCUAGAAAUUUCUCUUCGUUAGGCUUCAUAGGCUAAUUUUCUUUUUUUUUUUUGCAGGACAGUCCCCCAAAACAAAAAUUGGUCCCUUUAUGCAUCUGUCUUGAAACGCUGGGGUUGAGGGUUGGAUUCCUGUCUCCCCCACAAAAGAAUGGACAGACAUACAUAUAAAGAGAUGAUAAAUGAAAGUACACAGUUGCACUGUUUUUGCUGGGAACCUUGUGCUGAUCUGGUCUGUGUUCACGAAUACAAAUCAAUACAAAGUGACUGAUCACUUUCAUUUUGUGACUGAACAUUUCUAUCCUAAUGGGUUCAGUCUUUACCAACAUGAUUCUGCCCCUCUCCACACUGCUCACUCAAUGGAUUCAUGUUUUGUUAAAUUAAAAUGUAUAUUGAAAUGUAGAUAAAAUGAAAGGAUACUCUACUCUAAAGAUUGCACCAAAUCUCUUCUACAACUUAUAUGUUCCCUUGGAUGUUAGUUUAGACUCUUAUAUAAAAACAGUAGAGGAAGUAUGCCUUCUUAUGAGUGAGGGUUUUUUGUUUGUUUGUUUUAAAUAAUAGAAGUAGUAAAAAAAAAAAUUAAUUCUAAU